AUCUAUAUCUAUAUCUCUAUAUACUUAUCCAUCUCCUUCCUGCCAUCCAUCCAAAAAGAAAGUAUGGCUCUCCAAACGCCACUCAGGCUACCAACUACCCGAUCAUCAUCUUCUAUAUCUCCUGCCGCUACAGGUGGCAGCAAUGCAGGCCUUCGUCGCCCGGCCAAUCUAUCGAUUAUGAACUCAUCAUUCUAUCUCUCGCCGUCUCUUCAGUUAUUGCUUCCUCGUCACAAGGCUUCAAUACCACCCAAGUUUGCUAUGCGAGCUGCCUCUAAGCAAGCUUACAUUUGUCGUGACUGCGGGUAUAUAUAUAAUGAUAAAACCCCAUUUGAGAAGCUUCCUGAUAAGUACUUUUGCCCUGUUUGUGCUGCCCCAAAAAGAAGGUUUAGGGAAUACACACCUCCGGUGACUAAAAAUGCUAAUUCAACGGAUGUUAGAAAGGCCCGGAAAGCUGAACUCCAAAGAGAUGAAGCCAUCGGGAAAGCAUUGCCAAUAGCAAUUGCAGUUGGGGCCGUAGCACUUGUUGGCUUGUACUUCUAUCUCAAUAGCGCUUUCUAGUGAUUUUCCAAAGAAAGGUGCGAUGCUGGAGGAACUGUUGUAUUCUUAUUUCAUUUUUUGUAGAUUCUGAUUGCCUCUUUGAACUGUUCUUGAUCUCAUUGAUUUUGUACAAUCUGGCUAUCAUCCAGGAACCUCAUAUGAUUAUGAUUUACCCAGUUAUAAAUACUUUAGAGCAAUGUCCGAUUUAGGUGACGAGCAUAUUUGUUACGAAAAAAGAUGGACAUGUCAUAUCUGAAAUGUAAAAUAUCAUACUUUCCGACA